AUGUUUCAAUUGCGAAACAUUUUUCUCUCAUUUCGUAACAUAGUCAAUUCAAGUUCUGUUUUGCGUUUCGUUCAUGUCCAUAAAAUAUUGUUUUACCGCAAAGUAUUUAGUGAUAUUCAGUUAGAAGCCGAGAAAAAAGCAAUUAAUUGGGCAACAAGAAAAACAUUGUUGCCAGUUUAUGAGUGCAACGGUAAUAUUCUAGUCCGAGAAGAAAGUCGUCACGAUCAUCAAUUGCUUUACUAUUACCGCGAUGAUUGUGGUGCACUUGCGUGA